AUUAACCUUCACCAACCCCUCUUAAACGGCUACACUCGUCAUAAAAACACUCUCCCUCGUUAACAUCAAGGAGAAGAGGUCAUCAGCUCACCACCUUCUUGGCCUCAUCGGAGAAUGCAAGAGAAAGGUAGGUGAUGGGUGAGAAGGGGUGUGAGAGUUGCAGAGAGUGGCAGGAGCACUGCUACAGGGAGCACAUGGAUGUGAGCAGGAUUCGCUUCUUCAGGCUCAUGACUGGAGAUUUUGCUCAUGGCAUUAGCAUACCGGAGAAAGUUGCGGACAGAUUCAGUGGUCAGAUCACCAAAGGGUUCAACCUGAAAGCACCCAGUGGCGAAACAUGGCGUGUCAGCGUCGAAAAGGUUGCUGAUGAGCUGAUCCUCAUGUCAGGAUGGGAGGAUUUUGCCAAGGCUCAUGAAUUGCAGGAGAAUGACCUCCUGUUCUUCACUUGCAAUGGCCGUUGCAAUGGCAGCUUCUCCUUUGAUGUACUAAUCUUUGAUGCAAGUGGCUGUGAGAAAGUGUCUUGCUUCUUUAUUGGUAAAAAGAACAGUAUAGGUGGUCAGACUCAGAAUGCUGAGCAAUACCAUUUAAGUGAUUCUGAAGAUACUAGCACACCAUCAACAUUUCUAGUUGGAUCUCCUCACAAGGCCUCUACUUCAAAGAAAUUGAAUGGCAAGACCAAGACUAAUCCAAAUAAAGAUGAUCCAUUUUCAACAGGGAAGGAGCCUGAAGAUCCAAACAGCAGCCGCUCUCAUGUCAAACAUGAGAUGAUUGAGGAAGAGAAGAGUGAUGAUGAUGAUGAGCAUGCUGAUUAUGAACAUGCUGACUACUACUACUCGAGGUUUGCCAAUUACCUAACUGGCGAGGAACGUGAAGAGAUAUUCAGUUUGGUGUCACUGCAACCAGGCAAUCCUGUAUUUGUGACUGUUCUGCAGGCGCCACAAAUUCAUCGCAAGGGCCUCCUGAUCGUCCCCAGUGGAUUUGCAGCUGAUCAUCUUGACAGCAGAUCACAAGAAAUCCUGCUGAUGAGACCAAACAAAAAGGAGAAAUGGUAUGUCAAAUACUACCAUGCAAGCACUACCAGGGGCUUCAAUUGCCAACGCUGGAUCAAGUUCAUCCGCGAGAACAGGCUGCGAGAAGGGUACAUCUGCAUCUUCGAGCUGAUGAAAGGCGCAAGGCGAGUGACCAUGACAGUUCAUGUCAUUGGGAAGGUUGAUGACCGGUUUGUUCUACUGGGCUAAAGGUUCCAGGCAGGCAGGCAUCCUUGAUCCUCCUAUGUUUGAUUAUAUAUGUAAAAAUGUAGCAGUAUGCAAUGUGCAAGUGUGGCUUCUGCAUCAGUAAGAACUGACCUGGAAGUAGCUAGUGGUGCAUUUUGUGAUGCAGGUGAUCUAUGUGCCCCUGAUGCUAAACUUCCUUGUUAUGUAAUAUAUAGAUCUAGUGCCUACUAGAACCAGGUUUUAAGCUGUGAAAGUCUCUUUUAUCUACUUACCUUAUGAAUCA